AUGGAAGGAGAAAUUGAUGAGCAGCACUUGGAGACAAAGAGGGAGGAAGACACGUCGGGCUCGAUUUCUACAAACGCAAAUACAACAACACCGAUCCCCGAAACAACCAUCUCACAAAAACUACUAGAUGAAACCGAGCACGGCUCACUUGAUGAAAACAUGCAAAUGGUAGCGCAGGAUAGCGGUUACAACUCAUCUGGCUCCUCAGCCCAGCACUCUCCCGACGGAUUACCAAGCAAUCAUGCCGAGGACGACAUGGUCCACACCCGAUCGAGAGCGUCUAGCCGUACAUCGAUCUCGUCAAUCCCUGCUUCGAUCUUGACGAAUCUACCGGACACAAUGAAGUCCAUGCAUAUGCGCGAGACACACGAUUACAUGUAUCAGCCAUGGGACGCCCACUCACCGCGGGCUGUGCAUACAAUUCGCCAGCGCGAAGCUUUUCGAAAGCCUAGCUCAGUUAGAGCAAUGCAGAUGCAUACGGAAGAUGAGGGCGACGAUGAAUUCCUGACGCCGCCUAAACGACGCGGUGGGCAGCGCAUAUCCGACAUCUCGAUUCGCUCAGUGGGCUCAUCGCCGCUCAAGCGGUCGCCAUUCUAUUCGCCGUCGGGGCCCGUUAGCAAGCCCAAGGUUAAGAAGGAGUACCCGCUUGUUCUUCUUCAUUGCACUUUGUUGUCGCCGUCGCUUCCUGUCCCUGGGUUGGUGGGCCACCCGGAGCGUCAGAAGAUUUUGAGAGAAGUUCUGCCAUCAGUAUACUGGAAGAGGUGGAAGUUGCUUGAAGAGAAGAUCGGCUCGGGCGUACUUCGUGACCGUGGUGUGCUCAUUUCGCAUCCAGAGGAUAUGUACGAUCUGCUUGAAGAGCGAUUACUGGAGAGUCUGGAACUACAACGGCCGCGUCUCGACCAUGGCCACUUCCUCGGCCCCGAUGAGACAGAAUCGGAUCGCGAAGACCGAUUGGCACACGAAGACAGCUGUACAGAAAGUGAGGGCGAAGAAUGUCCGGAUUGUGGAGGCCGACUGGCGCGACACAACAACAUCAAGAAAUGGGAGAUCAAGGUUUUUGCCGCCAAUGGGUUGAUGCGCGCAGGUGCUUGGGCUGCAGCCUGGAAAGAGAUGGAAAAGGUUGAUGUGGAGGUUGGUCUCUGGCUGCCGGCUGAUAUUAGGGCAGAGCUGGAGAGAGAGAUGGCCCAGGGGUUGCCGCAGAUCGAGACCAGCCUCUCUGUCCCUUUGUUGCAGGAGCCGGAUGUGACGACUACUACCCCGGUUCGUGCACUUACACCAAGUCCUUCAAACAUUGAGCCGAAUUCUCGUGCCAUUGAGAGCUGUGAGAUCCCCUCUUUGCCGACUUUCUCCCAGCACACUCUUAAAGACAAUGGCAAGGCAGACCCGCUUGCUCCAACAUCGUCACAGGAUAUUGACCUGCAUACCCUGUUGAUCAACUACAUCCGUGUGCUUGCCAGUGACCGACGCAAUGUUGCCAUCGUGUUUCUCAGCAUUCUUGUCGCCUUUGGCGCGAUUAACUCUAGGGCUUCUGCGCCUACCUUGGAGUUGCGACCAUUCCCCGGGGAUAUGCCAGGUUACGCGCCUUCUUCUGCGGUUCCUCAGCACACGACGCAGACACUUGUUGAGGGCCAGAGUGCUCAAAUCUUGUCUGUCACAAGUCUAGAGCAGGAGAUUGUACCUGCGCCGGCUGCUAUACUUGAAACGAUUCAUGGUCUGGGCGAUGAUGCGACACCCCAAGCCGAAGCUUCUGCGGUUGAGUUAAAGGACCCUGCAGCAAUCACAUCUGAAGAAGUAUCUGGUGAAAGUACUCUGAUCGCGUCGGAAGAACAUGUCACGUCUGAGGAACGAGCCAUCAGCGGGGAAGAGGCUAUUCCUGAAGAGCAAGUCAUGUCUGCACGGGUAGAAGAGUCACCAACAACUAGUGUGGCCGCGUCUCUGGAUCUUCAAGCGGAGAGUACGACAAUCCCCUCGAUUGAAGAUAUUCAGGAUCAUCACGAUAGUCUGGAAGACGGGCGGGACGAACUAUCUGAUUCAACCGAACCGACCGAGUCAAGUGAACCAGAACAGCCAAUUGACCUCAGCCAACACAUUGACGAGGAGGAUGAAACCGAGCCUAACCAACCACUGGAGCCACUAGAGCCGGUCGAGCCUAGUAAAGACGAGCCUAAUGAAUCGUCUGGCCUAGACGAACAGACUGAAAAAGAGGGCGAAACUGGGCUUAACCAACCGCUGGAGUCUUUAGAGCCUAUUGAGUCUACUAAAUCGUCCGAGCUAGACGAACAGGCUGAAGAGGAGGAUCAAGCUGGACACAUCAACCCAAUGAAACCCACUGAACCUAAACUGGAUGAACCAGUCCAACCAACCGAACUAAACGAACUGAAUGAGAAGGACGAUGAGAACGAUGAGAACGAUGAGAACGAUGAGAACGAUGAGAACGAACAGACAUGA